AUGGCGUUCAAAAAGCGGCGCAUCUUCGAUUUGCGACAGGUCCAGGCCCAGCAGCUGGCCACCACCACCGCCAGUCGGCAUCGCAGUGAUCCCGUCCACAAUAAUCCACACAACCCCAUCCAUCCUGAACAUCGCUUUCGCCAGAUCGGACAAUGGUUCUCCGAGAAUAUGCGCAACUACUGCCAGACCACCUCGCUCCACGGAUUCAGUUACAUCACCCGCCAGGACAUCAGUCGCAAUGAGCGGUGGUUCUGGCUGGUGGUUGUAGUGUUGGCCAUCAUCACCUCCAUUGUCCUGGUCGUGGUGUCCUGGUACUGGAGUCAGGAAACCCCAACGGUGACCGUCAUCGAGAGCUCGCACUUCCCCACCUGGAACAUUCCCUUUCCAGCGGUCACCAUAUGCAACUUCAACAAGAUAUCCAGGAACAAGGCACUCAGCAUGCUAGAGCAAAUGCAAGUUCCAACGGGUGUUAACAGAUCCGAGCUUCACAACCUUUUCAACCUCACGUUUUUGCCCGUGGAUAGCAUGAUUAGCAACAGUACGCUGCAGUUGUACGACAGGAUUUUAGCCCUCAAUAAUCUAACGCUCACGGGUCUCACCCAGCAGCUGUCGCCGGACUGCAUAGAUAUGAUCUCCAGAUGCAUUUGGAAGGGCAUCAAUACGAGGUGUGACAGUCUUUUCCAACGCAUCGACACCAUGGAGGGGCAGUGCUGCACCUUUAAUUACUUUGGAGGCAUUUCCAAUCAUUUUCCAGAAAAAAUAGCAUAUCAGGUGCCAAAGCGACCGUACCGCGUCACAGGCUGCGGCUAUCCCACGGGUCUAUCGGUGCUGCUGAACCCCAUGAUAUCAGAUUACUACGGAACCUACUUCAGUGGCUAUGGCUUCCGCCUGCUGCUUCACGAUGCCUACAACUUUCCGGACGAGAACUCGGAGACGAAAGUCGUUACGACUACGAGGGAGAGUUUUGUGAGGAUAAAUCCAGAGUCCACCUACGCCACCAACGAUAUUCGUCGCAUGGAUCUGUCCCUGAGGAACUGCCUCUUCGGCAGCGAGAGAACUAUGCACGGUCUCCGGCGGUACUCCUUCAUCAACUGCAUGUUUGAGUGCCGCGUCCGGAUGACCAUCGACAGCUGCGGUUGCCUUCCGCCGUAUGUUUACAACAACGGAUCCUUUAGAGUUUGCGGAGUGCUGGAGAGCAACUGCCUGAUUCGCAGCAAAAGACUCUUCUCCCAUGCCCUGGCCAAUUUGAAUUUCUCGCUAUCGGUUGUUCGACAGACGGGUAGCUUUCCCUGCGAAUGUCUCCCGGAUUGCCAGUCAAACCAUUAUGUGUCGGAGAGCACUACGGGCCGGCUGGACAUGAGCUACUUUGCCAACCGCCCAACAUACAGCAAUUCCACGGACAACAUACUGCUGCAUGUCUUCUUCAGCGAUCUUAUGAGCACCAGAUAUCGCACGGACAUCUUCCAGAACUGGCUCUCCGCCUUAGCUUCAUUUGGCGGCUUGCUGGGCCUAAUUAUGGGAUUCAGCAUAGUGACGGCCUUUGAGUUCCUCUACUUUCUCACAUUUAGGCCGGUUUUCAACUACAUUAACCGGGACUAGAGCAGCACUUAGAGGACCUAAUCCCUUCACA